AUGCGCCAAAUGCAGAUGGCCCGAUGCCUGGCGUCGAUUGCUCACGCUCCUAACAUCACCACCGCCAUCCCCGGGAUGGGUAUCGAUUUGACAAGCUCUGGUAUCAAGGCUUCUACCAACUCUACCGCCGCGCCCGCAAGCGCUACAGGCCACUUUCAGGCCAGCGCCCUCCUCGGCGCCCCUUCGGGCAGCGAGACCCAACACGGGAUGCUCUACAGCAACUGCAACCUCCUACUGUCAUUGUUGGAGAUGAGUCCGCGCUAG